AUGGAUCAAGGUCUCCAACAAAACCCGUUUAUCUCCGUCAAGGACUCCGGUUCUGCCAAAAACUCGGGCCCGUCGCUGCUUGCCUGUCUGCUGUGUCGACACAAGCACCUAAAAUGUGAUGGAAAGACUCCUGUCUGCGGUCGCUGUUCCGCCACAGGCUCUGAAUGUCAAUACACCCCGUCGCGUCGCGGGUACAAGGGCCCCUCGAAGAAGCGUCGAGCCAAUCCAUCCUCCCCCGAUCAACUCCCCGCCGACAUGUCGACCUCCUUCGAGCCCCAAUACUUCAACGUGCCGUCCGACUGGACUCUGUCGAGUAACAUGCCCAUGUCGUAUGCGGUGGCAGCCGCCACCACCCCCGUGCCGACUUCCUUGCCCUCCUCGUCCUUACCCUCCGGCAGUCCCGCUCUGACAGAUAACUCUGGCUCCUCGCACUCGCAGACGGUCGGCGUCACCAAUAGCCCCAUGACUCCAGACUCGAUCUCUACCAUUGCAGGCGAUGGCUAUCUUAUCGACAUCUUCUACACCUAUUUCCAUCCUUCCCACCCGGUCUUGCCGCCCCACCGUGUCCUUUACCGCAACCACGUGCCUGCGUUCCUGGAGCAUGUCAUCAAAUUCAUUGGGACCCACUUCACUCCGGCCGCCAACAGUGAGACCUACCGGCCGACGGUCAUGUCGUCCGUGAUGGACCAGGAAGGGUCCAUUGAGAAAUUGCAGGCCCUGGUGCUCCUCGCCAUUGUCUUGCAUUCCCGCAAUGAGCGGCAGAAGGCGGGCGAGUGCGUGACGACAGCUGUCAAUCUGGCCUUCGAGUUGGGAUUGAACAAAAGAGACGCUGCACCGCAGCUCAGCUAUGGCGACCCGGUGCGGGAAGAGAGCUUGAGGCGCACCUGGUGGGAGCUCUUCAUCAUUGAAGGCAUGCUCACUGCACUAGGUGUUCAGCCAGCUUUCCGGUGCAAUUCUGGGCCGCUCGAGGUACCAUUGCCCUGUGAAGAGCGUAUCUACCAAGAUGCCCUCCCACCUCCGCCUGCACCCACUAUUGCGCAAUUCGACGAGCGUGUUUUUGCAGAUGAGGAGCGAGACUUCUCUUCCUUCACUUACCGAAUCGAGGCCGUUCGCAUCCUGGGACGCGUAGUGGCCAUCCAAGACAUGAUUGAGGGCCAGCAGGACCAUGUCGAGGCCAUUGACGCACGGAUUACCAGUUUCUUCCACCACCUGCCCGAGAACAAGGCCGAACUGCUGCGCUCGGACGGGUCCGUCGACGAGAUGAUGUUCCAAGCGACAAUGAUCGUCAACGGCUCUGCGAUUUACCUCCAUUUCCCGCGAUCUGAUCUGCUGUCUUCCCCCGCGGUGGCAGCGGAGGUUAUUUGCGGCCAUCACGGGCCGCUGAGCAUUCCCGCCUUCUCGCAUCAUGCGCAUGCCAUGAAGGCGGUCAAGGCAGCCAGCGAGAUCUCCUCGCUGGCGUCUAUUCGCAUGCCAGUUGUGAAGCACACGCCUUUCUUCAUUUGUGCGCUGGUUCUCAGCUCCAUGGUGCAGUUGGCCGCGUGCUCUGUCAAGGCCGGGCAGAUGCCCGACCCCAGCCGUGAUCGGCUGACGCUUACCAUUGGCGUUUUCAAGACUCUGGGACGGACCUGGGCGAUUUCGCAAACGAUUAUGCAUCAGAUCAAGGCGGUCGCCCGUGAUGUGAUGGACCUUGGUCUUCGGCCUACCAUGCCUGAAAUUGAUCUGACCACGGUCCUCGACAACAGUCGGUUUUGGAUACCCGACCUCCUUCCAAUGGCCAGGUAA